UUGGUGCAGCUGCGGUUGGGGUGAGGGUGUGUACCCCACCCCUCCUCUCCUCAAGCUCCAUCCCCGUCCCCGGCCCCCGCCCCGCCGGGCCCAGCCCCAGCGCCAGCCCCAGGCGGGCCCGUGCCGUCCCUCAGCGGCUGACGCCCCGGGCUGCCCGCCUGCCUGCCACCAUGGAGCUGGAGGACGGUGUGGUGUACCAGGAGGAGCCCGGUGGCUCCGGGGCCGUGAUGUCGGAGCGGGUGUCCGGCCUGGCCGGCUCCAUCUACCGCGAGUUCGAGAGGCUCAUCGGGCGCUACGACGAGGAGGUGGUCAAGGAGCUGAUGCCACUGGUGGUGGCGGUGCUGGAGAACCUGGACUCGGUGUUCGCGCAGGACCAGGAGCACCAGGUGGAGCUGGAGCUGCUGCGGGACGACAACGAGCAGCUCAUCACCCAGUAUGAGCGGGAGAAGGCUCUGCGCAAGCACGCCGAGGAGAAAUUCAUUGAAUUUGAAGACUCUCAAGAACAAGAAAAAAAGGACUUACAGACCCGAGUGGAAUCUUUAGAAUCUCAAACAAGACAACUUGAACUCAAAGCAAAAAACUAUGCUGACCAGAUUAGCAGACUUGAAGAAAGAGAAGCAGAACUGAAGAAGGAAUAUAAUGCCUUACAUCAAAGACACACUGAGAUGAUUCACAAUUAUAUGGAACAUUUAGAAAGAACAAAACUUCAUCAGCUCUCAGGGAGUGAUCAACUAGAAUCCACAGCUCAUAGUAGAAUUAGAAAAGAACGGCCUAUAUCAUUAGGGAUUUUCCCAUUACCUGCUGGAGAUGGAUUGCUUACUCCUGACACUCAGAAAGGAGGAGAGACCCCUGGAUCAGAACAAUGGAAAUUUCAGGAAUUAAGUCAACCACGUUCUCAUACCAGCCUGAAGAGUCUCACUUUGUCAUCCCUGGUGGAAAAUAAGGAUGAACUUUCUGAUGUUAGCCAAGGUGGAUCUAAAGCUACUACUCCAGCAUCAACAGCUAAUUCAGAUGUGGCAACUAUUCCCACUGAUACUCCCUUAAGAGAAGACAAUGAAGGAUUUGUGAAGGUUACAGAUACGCCAACUAAGUCAGAGAUAAGCAAGCACAUUGAAGUACAGGUAGCCCAAGAAACUAGAAAUGUAUCUACAGGCAAUGCUGAAAAUGAAGAGAAGUCAGAAGUUCAAGCAAUCAUUGAAUCCACUCCUGAGCUGGAUAUGGACAAAGAUCUCAGUGGAUAUAAAGGUUCAAGCACUCCCACCAAAGGCAUAGAGAACAAAGCUUUUGAUCGCAAUACAGAAUCUCUCUUUGAAGAAUUGUCGUCAGCAGGCUCAGGCCUAAUUGGAGAUGUGGAUGAAGGAGCAGAUUUACUAGGAAUGGGUCGUGAAGUUGAAAAUCUUAUAUUAGAAAAUACGCAGCUAUUGGAAACCAAAAAUGCUUUGAAUGUAGUGAAGAAUGAUUUAAUAGCAAAAGUGGAUGAACUGACCUGUGAGAAAGAUGUGCUGCAAGGGGAAUUGGAGGCCGUGAAACAAGCCAAACUGAAGCUAGAGGAAAAGAACAGAGAAUUAGAGGAAGAGCUCAGAAAAGCUCGGGCAGAAGCUGAAGAUGCAAGGCAAAAAGCAAAAGAUGAUGAUGAUAGUGAUAUUCCCACAGCCCAGAGGAAACGGUUUACUAGAGUAGAAAUGGCCCGUGUUCUUAUGGAAAGAAACCAGUAUAAAGAAAGAUUGAUGGAGCUUCAAGAAGCUGUUCGAUGGACAGAGAUGAUUCGGGCAUCACGAGAAAAUCCAGCCAUGCAGGAAAAAAAAAGGUCAAGCAUCUGGCAGUUUUUCAGCCGACUUUUCAGCUCCUCAAGUAACACGGCUAAGAAGCCUGAACCACCUGUUAAUCUGAAGUACAAUGCUCCCACCUCUCAUGUUACUCCUUCUGUCAAGAAGAGAAGCAGCACCUUAUCUCAGCUUCCAGGGGAUAAGUCCAAAGCUUUUGAUUUCCUUAGUGAAGAAACUGAAGCCAGUUUAGCCUUACGCAGAGAACAAAAGAGAGAACAGUACCGUCAGGUAAAGGCACAUGUUCAGAAGGAAGAUGGUAGAGUGCAGGCUUUUGGCUGGAGUCUGCCUCAGAAGUACAAACAGGUAACCAAUGGUCAAGGUGAAAAUAAGAUGAAAAAUUUACCUGUGCCUGUCUAUCUCAGACCUCUAGAUGAAAAAGAUACAUCAAUGAAGCUGUGGUGUGCUGUUGGAGUCAACUUAUCUGGUGGGAAGACCAGAGAUGGUGGCUCUGUCAUUGGAGCAAGUGUCUUUUACAAGGAUGUUGCUGGUUUGGAUAUGGAAAGCAGUAAACAGCGAAGUGCAUCUCAGAGCAGUUUAGAUAAGUUAGAUCAGGAACUUAAGGAACAGCAGAAGGAGUUAAAAAAUCAAGAAGAAUUAUCUAGUCUAGUUUGGAUCUGUACCAGCACUAAUUCAGCCACGAAAGUUAUCAUCAUUGAUGCUGUUCAGCCAGGCAACAUCUUGGACAGUUUCACUGUCUGCAACUCCCAUAUUCUGUGCAUUGCAAGUGUACCAGGUGCACGAGAAACAGACUACCCUGCAGGAGAAGAUCUUUUAGAAUCUGGUCAAGUAGACAAGGCAUCUUUAUGUGGAAGUAUGACAAGCAACAGCUCAGCAGAGACAGACAGCCUUUUGGGAGGCAUCACAGUGGUUGGUUGUUCUGCAGAGGGGGUGACAGGAGCUGCCACUUCCCCUAGUACCAACGGUGCUUCCCCAGUGAUAGACAAACCACCAGAAACAGAACCAGAAAGCAAUGAAGUUGAUGAAAAUGUUCCAACAGCAGAAGAAGCAACUGAAGCCACAGAAGGCAAUGCAGGGUCAGCUGAAGACACUGUAGACAUUUCCCAAGCUGGUGUGUACACAGAGCAUGUCUUUACAGAUCCUUUGGGAGUUCAAAUCCCAGAAGACCUCUCCCCUGUAUAUCAGUCAAGUAAUGAUGCAGAUGCAUAUAAAGAUCAAAUAUCAGUAUUGCCAAGUGAACAAGACCUGGUGAGAGAAGAAGCCCAGAAAAUGAGUAGUCUGUUACCAACCAUGUGGCUAGGAGCACAGAACGGCUGUUUGUAUGUCCAUUCAUCUGUAGCCCAGUGGAGGAAAUGUCUCCAUUCCAUUAAACUUAAAGAUUCGAUUCUCAGUAUUGUACAUGUGAAAGGAAUUGUUUUAGUGGCCCUGGCUGAUGGCACCCUGGCAAUCUUUCACAGAGGAGUUGAUGGGCAGUGGGAUUUGUCAAACUAUCACCUCUUAGACCUUGGACGGCCUCAUCAUUCCAUCCGAUGCAUGACUGUGGUACAUGACAAAGUCUGGUGUGGCUACAGGAACAAAAUCUAUGUGGUUCAGCCGAAGGCCAUGAAAAUAGAGAAAUCAUUUGAUGCACACCCGAGGAAGGAGAGCCAAGUGCGACAGCUUGCAUGGGUGGGUGAUGGUGUGUGGGUCUCCAUUCGUUUGGAUUCCACACUCCGUCUCUAUCAUGCGCACACUUAUCAACAUCUGCAGGAUGUGGACAUUGAGCCUUAUGUAAGCAAAAUGUUAGGUACUGGAAAACUGGGCUUCUCUUUUGUGAGGAUCACAGCUCUUAUGGUAUCUUGCAAUCGUUUGUGGGUGGGAACAGGAAACGGUGUCAUUAUCUCCAUCCCAUUGACAGAAACUGUAAUCCUCCACCAGGGACGUUUACUGGGGCUGAGGGCAAAUAAAACCUCAGGAGCACCAGGAAAUCGUCCUGGAAGUGUAAUCCGCGUGUAUGGUGAUGAAAACAGCGAUAAAGUGACUCCAGGAACAUUUAUACCCUAUUGUUCAAUGGCACAUGCACAGCUUUGUUUCCAUGGUCACCGGGAUGCAGUGAAAUUUUUUGUGGCAGUCCCAGGUCAAGUUGUCAGCCCACAAAGUAGCAACAGUGGCACAGAUCUAACAGGUGACAAAGCAGGGCCAUCUACACAGGAGCCUGGCAGCCAGACACCCUCGAAGUCUAUGCUUGUCAUCAGUGGAGGAGAGGGCUACAUUGACUUCCGAAUGGGUGAUGAAGGUGGAGAAUCAGAACUUCUUGGAGAGGAUCUUCCACUUGAACCUUCUGUCACCAAAGCAGAAAGGAGUCACUUGAUAGUGUGGCAAGUGAUGUAUGGCAGUGAAUGAGCCCAUAGGAAGCAGGUGGAGAUAGGGAAGCCAUCUCUUCUGCAUGGUUUAUUUCCCCUUUUUCCCUUUAUUUAAUGUUCUUUUGUGAAACAAGUUUCACCACAUAAUGUGUGAGCAUUUUUUUCCUGUUAACUUUAUCUUAUGAAAUCUGUUCUACCAUAAUAAUACAGACGAACUAGCCAUUUUACUGCACCAGUGUUAUAGGCAAUUUCAGUAUAUUUUGAACAAAUCAAAGAAUGUUCACUUUCUACAAACUGGUGAAUUACAAAAAGCAAUCCAGAUGUGGUAUACUCUGCCACAGACCAUCUAAUGUCACUUAUUUGAUGGGAUCACUUUUUAGCUGUCACUAAUAAUGGAGUUAAUGGAAAACACUUAAUGAAUGAAACUGUACCAUUAAGUACAAUAGCAAAGUUUUCCCCAAUGUAUUAUAAAAUUGACACACACUAAUAUCAGGUGGAUUAUCAGGAUUUAUCUAAAUGUCCCAAGAGGGCUAAAAGCUAACUGUAAAUUACUUUAACUUUCACUUUCAAAUCUGACAAAUCUUGUUUAUAUGGUAUAUAAAACUUUGUUUUCAUCAGAUUUUGGGGGGGUUUUAUAUUAAAGAAAUUAAGACUACACUAUUUAAAUAAAUGUUUCCUGUUUCUGACUUAUUAGAGCUCUAAAGUUUAUGAGGCCUGCUUUUCUGAAUAUUCUGUUUGUUUUUUUUUUGAGACAAGUCUUGCUCAUUUUCAUACUGACAUGUCUGAAAAGUUUAUUAUUUAUAAAGCUUAGAAAAUUAUUUGAGAAGCUUAAAAAAGAUACUUUAGCACUGGGAGGAUUUUUUAAAAGGAAAUUGUGUUUUGUAUUCCUUGUACCAGAGGAUGGUGGUGGUUGAUUGAGUUUUGUCCGUGUAAAAAAUUCACCUGUUUGCCAAAUGUUCCUGGACAGCUCUUACCUAUCAAGGGUAAAACUGUAGUGGUGAUGGGUGCUGUUCUAAUCUACUGAAUGAGGGAUUUAAUUAAAAAACCUAUUUUCUUUUGUUCUGUAUAAAACUACAGAACAGAUAUACACUUGAUACUUUGUGUGUAAAAGGAGAAAACUAUGAAGGAGAAGAAAAAGAGUCAAGAUACAUAAAGGAAAGUUAACAUUACGUCUUUUCACUCACAAUGCCCAUUUUAAAGAUUUUUUUGUUCGAUAAGUUUUUAAAAACCAUGAUGCUGCAAUUCUUUCCUCUCUCAAUCUUCUUGAAAAAUAUGUGAUUUAUCCUUUCUUAUCCAUUUCUACUAAGCAAAGCUAAAUAUAAUUUUAUGUAUUAUGUAUUUUAACAAUAUAGUCCUGUAGGAUAAAGGCCUCCCAGUCAUCGGAAGGACUGCUUCAAAGAAAAGAAAGCAAACACAAAUCUGAAACUGCCUAAUAUUCUUAAGUACCAGGGAUUUUUUUCUGAACCAUUAUGCAAAGAUGUCUGUAAAAAGUACACCAGUGACUCUAAUGCAUACACGUGAUUAGGCUAGAUUGUAAAGUACAUGGGAUUUACUGAGCCAGAGGAGGCCUUUAGAUCCAUUUGACCACAUGUGUCUACAAGCACAUUGUGUACACGAUAAGAUUGUGGCCACUGUACAUAUUAAAAGAAUUGUUUUGGUAAAAGCUGGAUUUAAAGGACAACGUUUUGCUUGAGCUGCUUAGUCACUUUUCUUCAAGGCACCAAAACUUAAUCUACUUUUUCCAUAGCUUGCUUGCUGUUUUUAUCUUAUUUUAUAUCUGAGCCAUUUCUGGCAGUACCUUAAAAAAGCAUUAUUAAACACGUAUUGGAAAUGUAUAAAUUCACUAGAAAGUGACGGCAAAGUUUUGGGGAAUUUUAAUCCCAGGAAGUAAACAUCCCAGAGUCAGAGCCCAUUUGCUGUUAUUCACCUACGUUUGUAUAGCUGAAAGUGACUUAGGAAAUUAGGGGCUAAAGAAGAAUGCAGACAUGUCACUACAGUUGUAAUUGCUCUUCUGAACUUGCUGGCUUUAACUAAAGGAAUAUAGAUAGGUGUGUAGUUAUUUUACCUGAAGAUGUCAGAUUAUCUGUGGCCCUGUUGAUUAAGUGCAGGGACAAAAAUGCCUGUAUAAUUGUUUUAAAGGCUUGUUCUUAUAUUUGUAAUUUCAGUUAAAUACUUUCUACAGAUUGCCUCGUUUCUUUCCCCUCAAUAACAGGUUUAUAUUCUUAUAAUGUUCACUUUGAUUAAAGUGGUAACUUUUCGGAAGAAAAUGCCAAAAUGUAAGCUGCUUGCAAGCAGCAAAGGGGUGUAAACUUGCCUGUAGCUACCAGGUCAAGGGCAGAGAAGAGGCUUGCGUACCUCAGGUCAAUCUCUCUAUGUGAAAAAAAGAAUUUACCCCUAUUGGAAAAAAUAAGGGGUAUCCGAGAAUUCUGAUUUUGUUACACUUGGGUUACAUAUGAGUGUUCAACCAUUGCUGACCUACAAAAAUGAUAAUAUCAUACGCCUCAGCUUGAUACUGUUAAAUGCAGGUUAAAAUCUCUGUGAAGCAAAGGGAGAAUGUUCUCUAGAAACUCAGUUUUCAGAGUAUUUUUCUCCAACUUGUGUGGAUCUAAAUUUUUUAAAUAGGAAUGAAUCUCUUAAUAGCUGCAGCUUGUUGAGAGUAUAAAAUAUUUUGAGCACAAAAUAGGCAGCACAUAACUUUUCAGAUUAAGUGUGUUUGCAUAGAAAAGGUUAAAAUGCAUUUUUCUCAAUGGCUGUAUUGUUCAUUUCUUGUAAAGAUCUUCCUACAUUUGGGACUAGAUCCUUUAAUAUAGGCUGCCUUAGUAAAAGAAUAAAACAAAACAGAAUGUUUCACACUAUUAACUGUCCUAAAGAACAUGUGUCUUGAAAUGUCGUGGAACUGAAUAUUUAUUUUCUUGUGAGUUUUAUGACCGUUACCAAAGGAUGCGGCCAGAUUUCGGGCUCACUCUUCUUAAUUGAUCAUGUUGAGAAAAGGACUCCUUUGGUCUCACUUUGUAACGUGGGGAAGAGUAGGAGACAAAAUUAAACGUGGAAUCAUAAAUGCUUUUCUAACAGGGUUAUGCUGUUCUGUAACACUAAAUGUCUAUUUCUUUCUCUUAAAAAAUUAAGUUUUAUCAUUAAUUUUGUUAUACAUUUCUCAAUAUUUGAAUAUGUUUUAACCAUUUUAUGUUCUAAAUUUGUUUUUUGUCCAAGACAGUUUAUCAGAAUUUUACUUGCCUCUGUAAUCUGAAAAAUGGGUUCUAGAAUGUCCCACUUGCUAUCUCUUAAAGGCUGAGGCUUCAUUUCUAUGAGCAAAAAAGCUCAUUUAGCAAUGUAGUUAUUUCAGUAUUUAUUUCUAUUAUGGAAUCCCUGGGGUUCAGAAUGUAACUUUGUACAUGAAAUAUAUAUAAAUAUGUAUAUGAAACAUGUA